CCAUUUUCCAGGCAGCUCCAGAGAAUCAUGACACUCUUCCCUCACCGUUUGUUUCAUCCUAACUAAAUAUAUCCAAAAUGUCCUCUCAUAAACACAACUUUCAGUGCUUCAACGCCAUUGGUGGAAACGGCUCGCACAAAUCCUCCCCCCCAUUUAAGCAUCACACCCCCCAUUUACCCAGAAUCCCCCAGCAUGGCUCGAUGGUCCACACAGACGAAUGCUGCCUUUGCACUGAGUACCGGCAGGCCCAAGCCCUGGAGGCGGAGGAGACACAACUGUCAGAUUUCCAUCAGACUCACCCAUUGUACCACAAGUACCACCCCCACCAGUACGUUCUCAGAGCACCGGGGAGGCCCGAAGAGGGUCAGGAGUGUCACAUCCACCAUCACCGGCACAACAAGAGGGUGGUGCUGGUGAAGAGCAGCGAUCCGUCAAUCAAGAAGACCAUCAUUCUGCACCGCAGGAGUCUGCGCAGCAUCGGCCUCUUCUUGGAGGAGAUUUCUGAGCUCAUGCACUUCAAUAUCCGGAAGCUGUACACUCCAGAUGGCCAGAGGAUCGACAGCAUUCAGAGUCUUCUGCAGUGCCCCGGUGUUCUGGUCUGUGUGGGCAGGGAGUCUUCUCAUCCUUCAGUGAAGGAACAUUUUUCCACAGACAAACUUCCAAAGCUGGGCGUGAAGUCCCGUUUCACUGACACCGCUGAUGGACACGAAAGACCUGGUGCUGAGAAAAGUGUCAUCCCUCCAAAAGCAGAAUCUGAAAACAAAGGGACCAAGCGGUCACAUGAGAGGCCCGUACCAGACAGUGCAGACUCCCCGGACCUUGUUGGUUCCUACCCCCCCACCGACAACAACUUGAAGGAUGACGACAUAAAGAAACGCGUCCGUAUCAACAAGGAUGGUAGCUUGUCCAUGGAGAUGAAAGUGCGCUUUAGAUUACACAAUGAUGAAACAUUGCACUGGUCGACAAAAGUAAGAAAGACCUCAGGCGGGACCUGUGAGUUCAAGCAAGGACACAGUAACGCCUACUAUGCUCAGGUUAGUGAUAGAAGCUUUUCAGAAUCUGAAACCUUCUCUGCCGAAGAAGCUUGUGUCACUCGGCCCUAUCGGAGACACGCAGAGGAACCUCACUGUCCUCUGUGCUCCAGUCACUUCCAGGAUUACGACAUUUGGGAAAACGUUCCUGACACACACGGUGCACGUCGCUGUGCUCACUCUUCCAGCUCAAGUGCGUCAUCACACACUGUGGUCUCCAGAAAGACAAUAGUUAAAACAGAAUCUGUGUCAAGAUCAAGUGAGGAGCUGACAGAGCAGGUCAUUGAGAAAGAAACUUGUAUAAAGAAGAUAAUCCAGGCAGCUGAAACUGUGGAGUACUGCACUGUCUGUGAUGAAAGGGAAGGAGGCUCUCAGAGAGCUUCAAGAGCUUCUCAGAAGAGCAACUUGGAAGUCGAAAAAAAAGCAUCCAGUCCUUCAGGAGGCUCAGAUAAGUCAAAUAAUUCUAAACUUUACCAGAUCUGUCAGUGUGGAGCAUCUCCAGGUCAUGUGAAUGAAAGAAAUGAACAAAUUAUGAACCAAGAUGAAGAUGAAGAAGAAGAAAGUGGGAUAUUGUCAAGUGCCAUGUCUGUCAAAUCACAUGCCUCUAACACAUCAGAGAACGCAGCGUGCAGGGACAACCAGGGGAGAAGAUCUAAAAGUGCCAUGUCAUGUUAUUCAGAUGCCUCAACCAAAUCCACAUGUGGUGUUUUAGAAGGACAACAAACAGCUGAAGUCAAAGUUACACAAGAGAGAACACUGGAAUAUCUCAAGCCUGAAGAGGAUGGAAAAGAGGAUAGAGCAUCCAGUUCUGUCUCAUCCAAAGUGUCGACCAAGUCCAAAGGAUCGAGAAUAUCUUCUGUUCGAAGUGAGAAGCCAGCUGAUGAGGAUUUGGAGCUGCGGACACCCAGCACCAUGUCCGCUAUAUCAAAUGUUUCUGCAGAACUAAAACACAUCAUGUGUGAGACGUCUGAGGAAGAAGGCAGUCAGAGUUCAACAGAGGAAAAAGAGAGUGAUCAGAAUGCGCAAAUCAUGAUAUCAGAGAAAGGAGGUGUUUCUCCAAGGUCGGAAACCUCUGAAGCUGCACCAACUGAAAACACACAGGACUAUCAAGCUGCAAAACAAGAAAGUGAAAGAACACAAAGUGUACAGUCUGUUGAGUCUGUUGGGUCAAACUCAUCCACACCAGUUCAAGAAUCAACAGGUUUUGAAGCAACAACUGUGAGAACCACCAGUGUUUUGUCAGUUCAAUCUAAUGCUUUUACCAAAAGUGCAGAAAAUGAACCAAAAGAGAGACCUCACUCAACCCAAUCAGUGAAGUCUGUAGUGUCAAAUAAAUCUACAAAAUCAGAAAGAUCUAAAACAGCUGAAAUCUUUGGUCACAAAGAUGAUGACGCUGUUGAGAAUGGAGAUGUUGGAGAACCAAAGGAAGAAACAGAAGUUGAGAAAAUGCCAAACAAUACUGAGGAAAGAGUAUCAAGUGGUAUGUCAAAUUCAAAGGUAACACAAGCUCAGCAAAGUGAUACCCAUGAAGAUAAUUCUGAGGAGACUCUAUGCGAUGGAGAGACCAAAAGAUCAUUGAGCUCAAUCUCUGCAACAUCAAGGAGAUCAAACUGUUCUGCUGUUGCUCCUACUAAUGAAAACAUUGAGAUUUCUCUGGAGGAAAAUGAAGUAAAUACUGAAGACAGGGGCCUGAGCAGGGUCUCAGUCAACUCAGUGCAAUCACAUGCAGAAAGAACACCAAGUGCUCUGUCCAGUAAAUCAGCAAAAUCACACACUUCCGUAAAGUCUAACAAGUCAAAUACCAAAACUCUUAAUGACAAAGCCACCGAAGAGGAAACUCAAGAGAGAACACAGAGCGGAUUGUCAAUCAACUCCACAGAGGUAGAUACCGCAACAGGAGAACACACAUCUGAAUGUAAAGAACAUGUAGAAAGAACUCCAAGUAACAUGUCAGUCAGAUCAGAGAAAUCCGACACUUCCUUCUUAUCCCAGAAAUCUGAAGUUUCUGAAGCAAGCAUGGGAAAUGAGGUUAGAACUGUUGAAGGAGAGGAUGUAAAGAGACCGUUGUCAGUUCAUUCAGUUGUCUCUGAUGUUUCUGUUAGAUCAAACAAAUCAAAACGUCAACAUUCCAGAGAUGAUGUUGAAAAUAUCAAAGAAUCAAUUGAAGAAAGACCAUCGAGCACUAGAUCUUCCAGAUCUAAACAGUCUUGUGUCUCAAAAAUGUCUGAGGAAAGACCACAAAGUACUUUGUCAGCUAAGUCAGUCAAAUCUGAAGUCCUCAGUGUUGAAGAUUAUACAGCUGGAGGCCAAGAAGACGCAGAUGAGGGUCAAGAGAGAGCAGAGAGUGUGCGGUCUGCCAAAUCAGCAAAAUCAGCUAAAUCUGCAAAAACUCUCAAAUCUAAAGAAAGGGAUGAGAAGGAAAACGCAUCUGACAGUGAUCGUGAAAGUAGAUCUCCAAGCAUUUUGUCUGUCAAAUCAGCAAAAUCCACAAUGUCAAAAGCUUCUACAAGAUCAAAGAAAUCUAACGUUUCCAAAAGUUGUCUGGAGGGAGAUGUAGACAGUCUUGAUGAGAGAAAUAUUAAAGGAGGGAGUGGCAGUGAAACUGUGAGGUCUGUGUCUGUGCAGUCAGUUGACUCAAGCGUUUCUGGGAAAUCAAAAACACAGAAUAGUCCAGCAGAUGUUCCUCCUGAUGAAGAGUCUGUUAUUAGUGAGCAGAGCUCUAAAGAGAAAGCAGAUGAGAGACCUCCAAGUGCUAUGUCAGCCAAAUCAGAGGAGUCAAGCCUCUCAGAAAUGUCCAUCAAUUCUGUAGAGACAGCAAAUAGUGCUAGGUCAUCCAAAUCAGCACAAUCACGUGGUUCAACUAAAUCAAUCAAAUCAAAAGCUUCUGAAAACUGCUCAGGCAAAACUCCAGAAGAAAGAGGCGGUGAAAAUCUAGAGGGAACAGAUGGUCAAGAUUGUCCUGCAGCGGAGGAAGCAUGUGACGAUGACAAGCCUGUCAGCGAUUUAUCAGGAAAGUCAGUAACACCAAACGCUUCUACAGACAUUUAUGAAGUUUGCUCAGAAGAUGGAGCCAACAACACUGAUGACAAAAUUGUUGAGGGAGAGAGUGAAGGAAGACCGCCGUCAGCUCAGUCCUUUGACUCAAACACAUCGGCGAAUAAAUCAAAUUGUACCAAUGACACUCCAGUCGGUUCUGACAUUGUCUCCGGUGAAGACACCUCCAAAGAACCAGAAUCUGAAAGGGCAGCAAGUACAGUGUCAACCAAAUCAGUCCAGUCAAACAUCUCAGGAACUUCUGGAAGUUACAGAAAGAAAACCUCAAGUGCUUUAUCAGCUAAAUCACCAAAGUCGUCUACUUCUGAAGAGUCAGUACACUCAAAAGACUCCGACCCUCAGUCUGCGAGAGCUUCCGAGAUAGAUACUGAAGAUCAGGAGAGGACAGGGAGUGCAAUUUCAGUUAAAUCGAAUCAUUCAGAGAAAUCCGUUCGGUCAGAAAGACCAGAACGCUCAGACGUGGAGAGCACAACUGAUUGUGAAGAACACACAGACAGAGCGCAAUCCAACCUCUCAGUCAAAUCAGGAAAGUCUGCAAAAUCAAACACUACGACUGUGUCUAAAAGAUCAAAAGUUUCAGAAAAGGUGGAGAACACUGAUGGAGACAACAUAGAGCAGAGUGAGGAAAGAGCACCUUCUUGCACGUCCACCAAAUCAGUCCAGUCACACGUGUCUGAGAGCUCCAGAAAAUCCUGUGCUGAUGGAAGUCAUGAGGACAGUGCACAAGAAAGAACACAGAGUGUACUGUCUGUCAAAUCUGUGAAAUCAACCAGGUCUGCAAAAUCUAAUGAAUCUAUAGGAAUGGAUGAUCCAUCCAACGGAGACAUACCUGAUGAGAAGGAAAAUAGAACCUUGAGUAGCAUGUCAGAGCGAUCUAAAUCCACUGAGUCCAAUGUCUCUGCAGUGUCCAAGAAAUCAGAAGUCUCAGUUUCUUGUGAACUUAUCAGUGAAGAUGCAGCUGUAAAAGAGCAGGAGGAAGAAGAUCUUGGAAAUGGGUCAGUAAAGUCAGACACCUCUGUAAGAUCGAGUAGAUCAAAAUGUGGGUCUGAUUUCCCAACUAAAGAAAACAGUCGACCAAAGUCCCAAAGUUCAGCAAAAUCUUUAAGAUCUAAUUUGUCUGGCAGUUUUAUUCACAGCACUCCAGAGGAAAGAAAUGAUGAAGAAAGUCAAGACAGAGCAAAGAGUGCAUCAUCUGAAAAAUCAACAACUUCUAAAAAAUCCAAAAAGUCAAAGGUCUCAGUUUCUCCAGCUGAAGAAAGUGCUUCUGGUUCGGACGAUUUGGAAAGAUCUGCAAGCUCUUUAUCAGUCAAUUCAGCAAAAUCAGGACAUUUUUCUGAAGCUAAGAAGUCAAAAGCAUCUGAUCAACAGUCCGGAUAUGCAAGUGAAGCUGCUGAUGCCGAUAAUGAAGGUAGGAUGAGCUCACUGUCAACCCUAACGAACAGGUCAAACAUAUCUGCAAGAUCAAAGCUUUCUAAAGGCUCUGACACUGUGACUUCACAAAACCUCGAGAGUGAAAACAUUGAUGUUGAUGAGGAAAAAACUUGCAUAUCUGUCAAAUCAGACCAGUCUCACGUUUCAACAAAAUCCAAGAAGAAUGAAGCGUUUGCCGGUGAUGUAUCUGAUGAAAAAGAGAAAACUACAGAGAGGGCUCCAAGCAUGUUGUCAGCUAGAUCCACAAAAUCAGAAAAGUCAACCAAAUCAAGAGAGUUGAUAGUCAGUGAUGCACCAGCUGAUGAUUGUGCUUCAGAGAAGUCAAUUGUCUCAGUGCACUCUAACAGGUCAGCGGAGACAGACUUACUUGAAGAAAGUGCAGUAGAAGAAAAUACAGGAGAAGCACCAAGCUGUGUGCUGACUGGAUCAGAAGAUUCGGCUGAAAGAGGGCAGAGUGUGAUGUCUGUGACGUCAAAUGGUUCAAGAAAAUCUUCAAAAAACUGCAAGCCUUCAGCUGACAGCAACGAAGAACAAACUGUUGAAGAAGUAGGGAGAUCCCCAAGCAACAUGUCUGGGAGUACAAACAAAUCUAACACCUAUGCUUCAUCAAGGAACGUGACUCCACAUGGUGGUGCUUUAGAAGACUUUACAAAUGAAGGAGAACGAUCACCAAGCAUAGUGUCAGCAAAAUCCUCUACCUCUGUAAAAUCCACCCAACAAGGUUCUACUAAGUCCAGUCGGUCAAAUGUCUCUGAUGGUCAACGUGGAGAGAAACUUGAUGAGGAAAAGAACAGGCCUCUAAGUAAGGCCUCCAUGAAGUCAGCAAAAUCGAAUUAUUCCGAAAAUUGCAAUGAACCCCAAGCUUCUCCUGAUCAAAGUGUCCAUGCUGUUGAUGAAAACAAAGAAGAAGAUGCUAGCAAAAGAGCACUUAGCCCAAUUUCUGCAAAGUCAAAUGCAACAUCUACAACAGCAAAAUCAAACACAUCAUGUAAUUCCGAAAGAUCCAGAAAUUUAGAAGGUUUGGAACCGAAAAACAAGGAAGAUGAAAAUGUAAAGAAGACUCCAAGUGUUCUUUCAGUUGGGUCAAAGGCUUCUUCAAAAACCAUACAGUCAAACAGAUCUGGCACCUCCAAAAAGAAGACCAUAGAAGAUGAAGUAGAUACAGACGAUAUAAAGGACGGUGUCCGAUCAACCAAAUCAGCAAAAUCUCAUCAGUCUGAAGUCCCAGCUGUAACCGUUGAAGAAAGCGAAGACAGGUCUCCCACGACCAUGUCAUUAAAGUCCAAAGCUUCAGGACAUUCAAAAAGAUCUAAAUCAUCCGAAGGUCAAAAAAGUGAAAGAAAAACAAAAGGUUCUCUUAGUGUACAUUCACAUCUGUCUACGAAAUCUAAGAGAUCUACAGUGACGGAUGUGUCAGCUGCCACUGUUACUUCCUCAAAUCCAGCAGAAGUUGUGAAAAUCACAGGGAAGGUUGACAAAAUGAGUGAUGGUCCACAGCAACCUCUGGAAGCAAAAAAUCAGCUGAUUCGUCAAUCGGAGUCAAAAGAAAGUGACUUGUCUCAAACUCUGUCCAGUUCAGAGGUCGUCAAAGAGACUGGUGAGAUUUCAUCGCCUUUAGAAUCAAAGUCUCUGAGUGAAAAGGACAGCAGUUGUAGACCCAAGAGUAAGGAGGGUGAUGAAUCAGAGUUGGUUCCCUCCAUUCUUCCCAAUACAUCCCCUACUGAGGUUGUAAAUGAAUGGCUCAAGACAAUACCCCCAGAGAGUGACAUAUAUGAGAUGGAGGACCUCAGUGAAAACUGUGAGAAGAUCAGCCAAGCGGCAGAGGGAGGUAAGGAAGCAGAGGAUAAUAAGAAGACUGACAAUUCCUCAACUGAGACCUCAAAAGAUAUAGAUACGGGUGGAGAGAUGAAUCCUGACCCUAACGAUGAGGGCAAAGCAAGAACAGAAACACCCAAUGACAAUAAAGGCUCUCCUCCGACAGAUGAUCCUUCAAAAAUGUUAAAUUCUUCUGUACAAGUCAUGAGAGUACUUUUGAAUCCAAAGCCUGACAGAUGCAACAGUUUACCAGAAAUCUCCCCUGUGUAUGGACGUAAGCUGAGCACAUCUGCCACAGGUCUUUUGGAUUGCCUUGUGAAGUUACAGUUAAUAGACCAUAGUCCAAAAAAUGCAAACGAACAAGAUAAAAAAUACCAAGAUUUAAUGCACAUCCUUCAGUCUCUUUGGCUUUGUGAUCCUUCACAAAAUGAGCAAACACCAUCAAGAAACGGUAACCAUUUUGUUGAGGAUGAAUACAAUCACACCUCAUCUUCUGGAGUGGAUGUCAACAGUGGAUCCACAGGUUCUGGGAAAAGCAGCGAUGGAAUUAAAAGUAGUAACAGUAACCACGAAGACGUGUCUCAACUUCAUAGCAUCCCUGUAUGCAAAGACACAAAUGAAGAUGCCGUGUGGCAGCCUGAGAGAGAAGAGCAAAAAUUGGAGGGAGAUCGUCCAGAAACAAAUGAUGCCAUCAGGUACAACGAUAGUCCAAGGGAGACACCCGAAACACCGUCUUCAAAUGAGAGUUCAGGAACCUCCAGCACCACCAGCCAAAAGCUGUUACAAGAGACUGAACCUAAGGGUGAGGAAGACCGUGAUGCUGAGAGUCCUGUCCUUAGUAAAGGGGCAAAUUUAACAAAAAAUAUGUCCCACAAUCCAGAUCCUGUAUGGGUCUUGAGCUUACUGACUAAAAUAGAAAAACAGUUUAUGGUACACUAUGUCCGUGCAAUGAAAGAGUUCAAGGGUCGAUGGAAUCUGGCGGAUAAUGAUCAACUUGAUGAAUUUAUAAAUGAGCUAAAAGUCGAGAUUGAAAGAAGGAUCCAAAAAAGCAUUAACAGAGAAGUAAGAAAAAUUCAAGACAGUGUAGGCCUUCCGAGACCUCCCAAUGACACGAGGUCCCAUGAUUCAACAGGCCAAGCAAAGGAGAGGAAACAGAAGCUGAAGAAGAGUCUCCAACACUCCGCGGGAUCACAAGAAGAAAAAAGUGACGAUUCCACAACAGGAACGUCUUACAGUGACCAGCGCAGUGAAAACAUAGAUGAGUCCUGUCCGUGUGAAACGUGCAUAAAGACAAGUAUGAACUCGGAGGCUUCUCUAACGGUGGAAGCUACAAAUGCGGCACAUUCAGGUGAUGAAGCCAGGGUAGCAGUAGCACUUGUAGAAAACAUUGUUGUUGCAGCAGUGAAAGAAGUAGAGAGGGAGAAAGUGGAUCGCUGUACAGAUAAUACUUCUCCAUAUAAAGAAGACGAAAAGGAAGAUGACAGUAAAAGUAUGGAAUCUUUGACAAAACAUGAAGGAAAGAAUACACCUCUAGUUACGGAGGAGGACAGUACAGAGGAUGAAAGAGAAGCUGCAAAAACUGCAAAAGAAACCACAUUGGAAGGAGAGACUCAAGACUCGGAUGAAGAUGAAGCUUCAGGUGAUGAAGAUGCACUAAAGGAGGCUGGUGCAGAAACAGCAGCAGAUGAGGAAUUGGCGACAGAUGGGAGUCAGGAGGAAGAAUUGACUGAAACUGAAGCAUGUGUCGUUAAAGAACCUAAACUCUUAAAGGAAGCGUCUAUAGCAACUACAGCAGAAGAAGAAGCAGAGGCAUCAACGGCAGCCUCAAGUGAACAUGAAUCGGAGAGAGAUGGAGUUGUUGAAGACUUUGAUGAAACAGACAGGGAUGCAGCUGUGGAAGCAAGGAGGGUUGAUGAUGAAGAAGAGGAUGGUGGUAUAGAAGAAUCAGCUGGAGAUUCUAAUUCCACCACGAAUGACGAUGACACUACUGAUGAUGCCACUAGUCAUAGACUAUCAAGUGAAGCGGCUGAAGAUGCAACAGAAGAUGAAGUUGCUGCAGGGAAUGAGUCUGAGGUGACAAGAGAUGAUGAAGUUUGCAAUUUCCAAACCAAAGAUUCUGCAGGUGAAGAUGAGACUGUGAAAGAAACCAAUAUGCUAGCAGCAAGUGAGCAUGGAUCUGUCACAGAAAAUCAAUCAGAAGAAGGUUUGCAAAGUGAUCGUGAGGUGACAAGUGAAGACGAUUCUCCACAUGAAAACCAGGAUUUGGAAACUGCUAAUGAUUUAAUUAAAGAGCAAGAUGACAUAGAAAUGACUGAAGGUGAUACAUCAGAAGACAAACAUUCCACUGGAGAUGAUGCUAAAGAGGAAGAAGUGAGAGCCUCAAGUGAUCAUGGAUCUGAGAGUGAGGAACCUGUGGAAAUGGAGAAGGUUCAUGAAGAGGAAGAGUCUUCUGCUGCCAGUGAAUCCAACUCUGCAGAAGAUCUUGAUGCUACCUCUGAUGCAAUCUCAGGUGAGGACGAAGGGGCAGAAGAAACUGCAGGAAGUGUAAGUAAACAUGACUCAGAGAAGGAUGAAGAUGAGGAGGAAAGCAGCAUCAUCAAACAGGACAAACCUUCUGAAAUCAGUGCAGAUGAAGAUAGGAAUACAUCUACAGCGGGUGAAUCAUCAUCAGAAGAAGAAGAAGAUCCCAAAAUGACAGAUGAUGACUCAGCUGCAGAUAAAGACGAUGCUGCUACCAGUCGAAGUGAAUCCAAAGAUGCGACUGACGAAGAUGAGACUAACAAGGAUGAGGAGACUGAGCUGAACACACAGGUGAUGGUGGAGGACACAGCUGAUGAUGGAAAUGACACUGGAGUUGUAAGUGAAGAUCAUUCUACAGAAGAUGAAACCACAAAGGAGAGUGAUGCCACGUGUAGUGAACUCUCGAGCGAACAACCUGAAAAAAACCUGGAGAAAACUGAAGAAGAACCCCCAACCCCAGAAACCAACAGCGGAGCCGAAAACGACAGCGAAGAAGAUGAAUCCGACCUAGCAAACAACGAAACUGCUACUGAUGAAGAUUCAACUGUCAUCAACAAAGAACACGAUCAAGGGGAGGAUACUGCUAACAAAGAGAGUGAAGGUGAAGAAGACCAUGGUGAAAAUCCUGUGGUAGGCCAGGUAGAUAUCACAUCUGAAGAUGUAGAAGAAGACACAACAAGCAGUCAGGAUGAUUCUGAAGAGAAUGAAGAGGCCUCUCCGAAAGAGGAAACUUCGGGUGAAGAGGACAUAAACAAAGUCAAUAGCAAAUCAAUUGACACAUCUAAUGAAGAAGUACUUGAUGACUGCGGUGUGAAAGACAAUCCUCAAUCUGUAAGUGAAGAAAGUUCCAGUGAAGAUGAGUCAAAGGAACAAAGCAACAACUCUGGAACACAUGAAAGCAGACCUGGUUCUAGUGUAACAGACCCGAAUGACACAACAGGACAAGAUGAGUCAAAAGUUGCAGAGUCGGAAGACGAUUCGGAGAUCGAGCCCAAAAAUCCGGUCGUAGAUGAGAUUCUGGAGGAGGCUAGUGAUGAAAAUGAGACCUCCAGUAAGAACGAGGAGCAGGAGGAGACAGAAUCUUCGGAUAAACCUGCAGAUAGCAGUGCCAACGAACUUGAGGAAGUUACAGAGCGAGAACAUGGAGUUCUAGACGAGGAGUCUGGAGAUGUGACGAAGAACGAGAGUAUAGAUAAAUCCGGUGUGGAAGAUACAAGGACUGGAGAAGAGACGGAAGUCCAAACGUUUACCGCAGAGGAAUCAGCUGUGGGACAGGAACUUAAUGAAGAUGUUAGGAAACCUGAAAGCAAAGAUUGUAAUAGUUGUGACAAAGAAAAAAACACAGAUGACGCUCUUGACAAAGAGGAAGAAACCGAGACGGGUAACGACGACUGGAGUGGAGAUGAGGGAAAUUCCGCCGACGAAGAGGACGAAGCAGAGGAAGACGAACCAGAAGAACACAAUCAGGUUGAACUAAAACCUUUAGCUGUAAACAAAGCAACCAAUCAGGGUCAGGCUGACAGACGAGGGAAAGAAACACUGUUGAAGCCGCUGGAUACUUUAAGAAAAGAGAAGGACGAAUCUGAAGAUGGCGCUUACGCAGAUGUUGAAGAUUCUGAGGCGGAAAUAAACAGCUAGCAAUAAUUUGAGUUUUGAAAAAGCCAAAGAAAAGGUGUGCACUGUUUAAAGAAAACAUGGCAGGAUGGAAACGAAACCCUGCUGUUUUACUUGAAACACUUGUGAACUGUUUGUGACAAAACAAACAGAAUAACGCACUUUCCAACAGCAGUUGCAAUGCUGUAAUAGUACACAAAAUCUUGAAUACUUGAAUGUGUGCAUACUUCAUAGUUUAGAUCUUAAA